AUGGUGGCCGCCGAGCCGCUGAAGCCGCCGCCGAAAAAGCACAAACCGCCGCUGAAUACUGUAUUCUACCUGGAGCUGAUUUUUGUGGUGCUCGGGCUGGUGCUCGGCUCUUUGGCGCUGCUCAUCUCAAGACCCCCACUUUUUCUAUGGCUACCAUCGGUGUUUUUGCUGCUCGGCGCCGCCCUAUCUCUAGCCUCACUCGUCUACCUCAAUAGGGGCUACUACAGCAACGGCGCGUCCAACCUUACGCUGUACGCGCUCAUCUCGUUGUUGCUCAUCGUUCUGCGUAUCAUCUGCGGCGGGCUUCUGCUGUUAGCCCUCUUCUCCCCACAUUCCCACCCUCCCAUUACCGUACCCCUCUUCGGCAUCACGAUUCUGCACAUCAUUUUUGCUUUCUAUGCUAUUGGUAAAGUGACGGCCUAUCGAUCACGGCUGGCGAAAAAGGCCGCGGCCGCUCACGGCCGCCACGGCAAUACGGGUAUCGAGGAAAUUCAGGUGUCCCAUCUGGCGUCUUCGUACAAUUUGCUGUCGCGUUCCAGUAACACGCUUUGUACGGUGUUGGACGACCAGGAAGAGCUGCUUGUACCU